UUUUAAUUUCCUCCAUUACCUCUUUUGUCUUGUGACUAACUUUGAAGUUGAGUUCAAACUGCAUAUAUGGCUGUGCUAUGAAGUCUUACACUCCAUAUUUCAUGCUCCUGUGGAGUGCUGUUGGGAUUGCAAAGGCUGCCAAAAUCAUCAUUGUGCCGCCAAUUAUGUUUGAAAGCCAUAUGUACAUUUUCAAGACACUAGCUUCAGCCUUGCAUGAGAGAGGCCACCACACAGUGUUUCUCCUCUCUGAAGGUAGAGACAUUGCCCCAUCUAAUCAUUACAGCCUCCAGCGCUACCCAGGAAUCUUUAACAGUACCACCUCUGACGCUUUCCUGCAGUCCAAAAUGCGGAAUAUUUUCUCUGGGAGAUUAACAGCCAUCGAACUGUUUGACAUACUGGAUCGCUACACUAAGAACUGUGACAUGAUGGUUGGCAACCAGGCCUUGAUCCAAGAUCUGAAAAAAGAGAGGUUUGACCUGCUGCUGGUGGACCCUAAUGAUAUGUGUGGAUUUGUGAUAGCUCAUCUUUUAGGCGUUAAAUACGCUGUGUUUUCCACCGGCCUUUGGUAUCCUGCCGAAGUGGGUGCCCCUGCUCCGUUAGCUUAUGUCCCAGAGUUUAACUCACUCCUCACAGACCGCAUGAACUUGCUUCAAAGGAUGAAAAACACCGGCGUUUACCUCAUUUCCAGAAUAGGGGUCAGCUUUCUGGUUCUUCCCAAAUACGAGAGGAUAAUGCAGAAAUACAACUUGCAGCCGGAGAAGUCCAUGUAUGAUUUGGUUCAUGGGUCCAGCCUGUGGAUGCUGUGCACUGACGUAGCCCUGGAGUUUCCAAGACCCACUCUGCCUAAUGUUGUGUAUGUAGGAGGAAUCCUAACCAAGCCAGCCGGGCCACUGCCAGAAGAUCUUCAACAGUGGGUAAAUGGUGCUAAUGAACAUGGCUUUGUCUUGGUCUCAUUUGGAGCUGGUGUCAAGUAUCUGUCAGAAGACAUUGCUAACAAACUGGCAGGAGCACUGGGGAGAUUGCCUCAAAAAGUGAUUUGGAGGUUUUCUGGAACCAAACCAAAGAAUCUAGGAAACAACACUAAGCUCAUAGAAUGGUUACCGCAGAAUGACCUGCUUGGGCAUUCAAAUAUUAAAGCCUUCCUGAGUCAUGGUGGCUUGAACAGCAUUUUUGAAACUAUGUACCAUGGUGUGCCUGUAGUGGGAAUCCCACUCUUUGGAGACCAUUAUGAUACUAUGACCCGGGUCCAGGCAAAAGGCAUGGGGAUAUUGCUAGAGUGGAAGACAGUUACGGAAGGAGAGCUCUAUGAAGCAUUAGUGAAAGUGAUCAAUAAUCCCAGCUACCGUCAGAGGGCCCGGAAGCUUUCAGAAAUUCACAAGGAUCAACCUGGUCACCCUGUUGAUCGAACUGUCUACUGGAUAGAUUACAUUCUCCGCCACAAUGGAGCCCACCACCUGCGUGCCGCUGUCCAUCAGAUCUCCUUCUUUCAGUAUUUUUUACUGGAUGUUGCUGUUGUGUUUUUGAUUGGUGCUGCCUUGUUUUACUUCCUGUUGUCCUGGGUGACAAAGUUUAUCUACAGAAAAAUCAAAAGUCUGUGGUCUAGAAAUAAGCAUAGCGCAGUUAAUGGACAUUUCCACAAUGGAAUCCUCAAUGGCAAGUAUAAAAGAAACGGCCAUAUUAAACAUGAAAAGAAAGUGAAGUGA